AUGUUCAAUUUUUUUUAAUCCAUCUGCUGCUUCUCUAAUAGAGAAAAACCAGAGAAAUCCAAUAGACCAAUACAAAAACCAGCAUAAACUUUGUCUAUCUAACCUGUAAUUUAAGAAGCCAUGACAAACUAGGCUUAAUAGAACUCUAUUAUAGAAACGGAUUAAUACUUACAAUUGGAUAAUGACUACUACAUGGAAUAGAUGGAUUUUUAAUCUUCGAGUGAUCCUCCUUCUACUCAAUUACCAUCCGGUUUUAUCCUCUAAGAUGAAGUCAUCAGUAAUCAACCUAUGUAAGAGGAAAAUGAAAGUAAUAUCAAAAAGGAACAAACUCACACAAAAAAAAAACGAAUAUUGAAGCUGUGGGAUGCCAAUGAAGAUGCUUAAUUGCGUAUCCAAUAUGAGAAGCAUAAUGGAAAGUGGAAUGAAAUUGCUAAGCACAUGCCAGGAAGAAAUGUUUCAUAAUGUUGUUAAAGAUGGAGGAGAUUAUAACCUGUUAAGAUUAUUAAAAGAAAGUAAUGGACUCAAAAUGAAGAUGAGAAAAUUCUUCAAUUAGUCUAAUAACAUGGCAAGAAUUGGAAGCUAAUCGCUUUACACUUUCCGGGUAUUUUGAGCAAAUAGAUAAGAGAACGAUAUAUUAAUAAAAUUGAUCCAGAUAUUAACACAGGUCCAUGGACUGAAGUUGAAGAUGCCACCAUUAUCAGAUUGUAUUAGGAUUAUGGAGGCAAAUGGAGUCUUAUUUCAUCUCAUCUAAAAGGCAGACCUGAAAACAUGGUAAAAAACAGAUUCUAUUGUUACAUCAGAAGAGUUCAUCUUGGAGUUUAAAACCCAUAUUAAAUUGUCUAUUAAGAAAACUCAGAUAGUGAACUCAGUUCAAAUGAUGAUAUGGAAUUUGAAUGAUUUUUAUAUUAUCUAACAAUUCCUUAUUAAUAUGUAAAUAA